CACCACCUUCACCUGUAGAGUACAAACAAAUAGGAGCACCACUGUUCACAUCUUCAAACCCUUUAUAUACAAAGCUCACCGCAAAUUAUUGAAGUAUUCAUACUUCUCUUCUUCAAUCCUCUCUUCUAAUGGCUCAGAAGGUGGUGUUGAAGGUAUUGACCAUGACUGAUGUUAAGACAAAGCAGAAAGCUAUAGAAGCUGCUGCUGAUAUUUAUGGAGUUGAUUCCAUAGCAGCAGAUCUAAAAGAUCAGAAGCUAACAGUGAUAGGUCAGAUGGAUACAGUGGCAGUGGUGAAAAGGCUGAAGAAAGUAGCGAAAGUGGACAUAAUCUCAGUUGGACCUGCAAAAGAAGAGAAGAAAGAAGAAAAGAAAGAAGUGAAAAAAGAGGAGAAGAAAGAAGAGAAGAAGGGAGAGAAGAAGGGAGAAAAGAAAGAGGAGAAGAAGUAAUUAAUUAAACCAGGAAUAUUCCAUUCCCUUUCUUCUUCUUCUUGUUUUCUUCUUCUUCUUUUUUUCCUUAAUUUAUAUGCUUAAUUAUUACAAGCUAAAUCAUACUGUAAUAAGUUUUUAAGAGAAGUUUUGCCCAUGAAAAAAACCCUAUUUUCUCUAUCUUUUCUGUUUUGUUCCAAAACAGUCAAAAAAAUAUUCAAGAAAAACAUGGUAGAAGCCAAGCAGAAAGGGUUUUUUUUUUUCUCUUUGUAUGUCCCUAAUAUUGUUUUAGCAUUUUGUUUUAUGCUAGCCCGAAUCAAUCUUUGGCUUUUUCUUCGAUAUUAAUUAGCAAUGUUGAGUGUAAUUUGGGCAUCUUCGAGAUGUAACUUAUGCAAAUGGGUUAUGGAUGUAAGUGUCCAGUUGAUGACAGAGUUUGGUCUAA